AUGCCGAGUGAGGAUGCCUUACAAUUCAUUCGUGAUUUCUGCACUCAAGUGCAGACCUUUCCACUACUGGAGCUUACCGAGGAUCAGCUGAGACUCAAAUGCUUACCUUAUGCACUCAAGGACCGGGCUAGAACAUGGCUGCUAUCCCUGCCACCGAACUCCAUUACCACAUGGGCAGAGGUUAUGGUGGACAGUACCGCUGGGGGUAACAUUGCCCGAAAGACAGCUGAUGAGCUCAAAGAGAUCUUCACCACUCUUGCCGCGAGUUCUCAACAAAAAUCAGUCAGAGGAAGGAGGGUCGAAGCCAAUGCUGUAGCCCCAAAUAAUGAGCUGCAGAAGCAAGUAGCGGACCUGAUGAGGCAAGUUCAGCAGUUAAGAAUGAACCAGGUGGAGCCUCAACCCGUUCAAGCACCGCCAGCUCAAGCACCCUUAGCUCAGGCACCGCCAUCAGAAGGAUGUGGCAUAUGUGGUGAUUUUAGCCACGGAACUAACGAAUGCCAUCGAAUGGGGGAGUUCAUACCCGAAGGGGAAGCAGAGGUAUAUGCUGCUCAAGGAUACCUAGGGAGGCCUCAGUUUGAGCAGAGGCCCAUAUUCACUCAAGGGCAACAGAAUUCCAACUCUGAGAUGACCAAACAGAACAUGGAGUCACAGUCUGCUACGAUCAAGCGUCUUGAGACAACCGUUGGACAGCUCUCAGGGACUUUGAACCAGAUGCAACAGCAGCAACAGCCAGGGAAGCUCCAUGGACAAGGAUUGCAACCUCAUCAAGCUCAGGCAGUAACAGUCUUACGGAGUGGGAAAAAGGUGGACAACAAAGUGGAGACCCACACUGACGAGCCCCCUAAAGAAACUCGUGAGGAGGAGAUGGUGAAAGAAUUACCCCCACCGAGAGAAGAAGAACAGCAAGGAGAGCCCUCAGAGCCACUUCACAAGGCCACCAAGCCCUAUAGACCUCUGAUUCCGUACCCAGGUCGGUUGAGAAAUGAGAAGCAAGACCAACAAUUCACCGACUUCUAUAACAUGUUGGCAAAGGUGAAUGUUAACUUACCACUUCUAGACGUGAUCAGAAACGUCCCGGCCUAUGUGAAGUUCUUUAAAGAGCUGGCGUCCAAGAAGAGAAAGUUUGUUGACAACGAGAAGAUUCUUGUAUCCGAGGUUGCAAAUUCCAUCAUGCAACAGCCCUUGCCACCCAAGCAAUGA